AUGAGGAAGCUAGGUGCACCGAGUGAGAAACAAACAGAAAAUAAACUCGUAGGAGAACAUGCUACCAUUCAGAAAGCGAACAGAAGCCUAACCAGGAGUCCAAAUGGGAAAGAAGACAUCAAUAUCCCUGCUCAGUGCACAGGUGGUUCUUCUGCUGAUGAGCAGGUAGCUGCAACUGAUGAAGCUGAUUUUAAGACUGGUGGCCAGGCCAUAGAGAAUGAAACUGAAAAAGUUUCUACAAAAAUCGAACCAUGUUUUCUUGCCAUUACCAAAGCACAGUAA